AUGUCGGGAUACAAACCUGUUGCCAUCCCAUCGUACCCUAAGCUUGGGGAAAAGAUAACACAAGACACAUUGUACUGGAGGCGCUAUAAGACUCCGGUACAGAUCAAAGAAUUUGGUGCAGUAACAAAAAUAGACUUUUCACCUGCCCAGCCUAUAAGUUAUGCUGUCACAUCAUCUACUAGGAUCCACAUUUACGGGCAGUAUUCUCAAGAGCCUAUAAAAACCUUCUCUCGCUUCAAAGACACAGCUUAUUGUGGGACCUACAGAGCGGAUGGGAGAUUACUGGCCGCUGGCUGUGAAGACAGUGUUGUACAGCUUUUUGAUAUCAAUGGCAAGGCUGCUCUCAGACAGUUCUCCGGACACAGCAAGGCAGUGCAUGUUGUGGAUUUCAUGUCAGACAAAUAUCGGAUUGUAUCUGGCUCUGAUGAUUAUUCAUCCAAGAUUUGGGAUAUUCCAAAUGGCACUGAAAUCUCUUCCUACAAAGAGCACACAGACUACGUGCGCUGCGGCUGUGCUAGUAAACUCAAUGAUGGUUUGUUUGUCACAGGUUCCUACGAUCACACAGUAAAGGUGUUUGAUACCCGGACAGAAAAGAGUGUGAUGACCAUGGACCAUGAGCAUCCAGUGGAAAGUGUUCUUCUCUUCCCCUCUGAGGGACUUUUUGUCUCUGCAGGUGGUCGAUAUGUGAAAGUGUGGGACAUGCUGAAGGGUGGAGGGUUACUGCUGUCUCUGAGAAACCAUCACAAGACUGUCACCUCUCUGUGUCUCAGCAGUUCCGGACAAAGGCUGCUUUCUGCAUCAUUAGACAGGCAUGUUAAGAUUUACAGCACAAUGAACUAUAAAGUAGUUCAUAGCUUUGACUACGCUGCUUCAAUUUUGAAUCUUGCAUUAGCGGCUGACGACGAGAUGAUUGUGGUGGGAAUGACCAAUGGAGUGCUUAAUAUCAAACACCGGAAACCUGAAGAGAAGAAACCAAAUGAGCUUCCAUCCAGAAAACAUCCGAGAUACAGAGUGUUUGUGAGGGGCAAGGACUAUAUGCCGAAACAGGAUGACUUUGUUGUCAGUAAACCAGUAAGGAAGCACUUAAGAAAAUAUGACAGACUACUCAGAGGCUUCCAGGUGUCUGCGGCACUAGAUGCUGUUUUAGAGAUCAAUGUUAAAAAUGGAACCCCAGAGAUCACAGUGGCUGUAAUGAAUGAAAUUCAGAGAAGAGGAACUCUUAAAAAUGCUCUGGCAGGGAGAGAUGAAAAACAGCUGAGUUCCAUACUGACCUUUCUCAUAAAAAACGUGGUAGAGCCCCGCUUCGCCCCAAUACUGAUAAAUGUAGCUGAACAAGUUAUCGAUAUUUAUUCAUCUGUUAUCGACCCAGUCAUCUGUAAUCGACCAACUAUUCCUGAAGCUCCAAGACACUUUAGAAAAGGAAAUACAUUAUCAAGAAGAACUUCUGGAAGUGUUGGGAAUGAUGGACACUCUCUUUGCAACUAUGACGAGUAAAAAGGAAACUAUUUCUGGGGAGACCAAAUCAUUAAUUCCUGAACAGAAGACCUCAACAGGCAUAAAAUCCUCAUCUUGA